AUAAACGCAAUGUCAUGAAGCAAGGUGCUAAUUGUUUAGAGAGCUGAUUUUCACGUCACUGUAAAUCAGUUAGACACCGUCUCUCUACUUCGUCUGUAUUUGAAGGAAGGCGAAGAAACGUAUCGCGUACCUUCUUUCUUUAUCAACAGUCUACAGGUAUUUCAGAUGUCAUGGAUCCGUUAGCACGCAUAUCUCACACCAGCGUCGAUAUGCAGCCGAAACACGAGCAUCUCUUGUAUGAAUUGGAAACAACGGAUACUAGUAGUGUGGGACUGGUAAUAAGGGCAAUUUAUGAUGGAGAUGAACAUCAGAAAUUUAUGGAGCGCCUUGAUGCUCGCAUCAAGAAUCAUGACAAAGACAUAGAACGAAUGUGUAACUACCAUUACCAGGGUUUCAUUGAUUCAAUUCGUGAAUUGUUACAAGUACGGUCGCAAGCAAAGAAGCUACAUAGUGAAGUUGAGCAAUUGGACAAAGACCUCCAGGAGUCAGCAAAGAAUAUAGUUGAGAAAGGAGAAGAACUAGUGAAAGCUAGGAAAGUUGAAAGUAACAUUGCAGCAGCCAUAGAAAAUCUCUCUCUGUGCCUGCCUGUUUUAACUGCUUAUUCAGAACUCCAAAAGAAAAUGAAGGAGAAGAGAUAUUACCCUGCAUUAAAAACACUGGAGCAAUUAGAGCAUCUUUAUCUUCCCCAAGUGGCUAACUAUCGUUUCUCUCACCAGAUGCGUGAAAAUAUACCUGUGUUGAGGGAGAAUAUCAAGGAAGCUUCCAUGUCAGACCUGAAAGACUUUCUGGAGAACAUCAGAAAGUUUUCUCCAAAGAUAGGAGAAGUGGCAAUGAAGCAUACAGCUGAACAAAUGGGCAGUGAUCCAGGCAUUGUGGGAAGGAAGAAACGCAAAGCACCAGCACCUCCGAACCCCUUCACAGGUGAAGUAGAUUAUGAACCACCAGCAGAAAGCAGUUAUGAUGCAGAAGAGGACCUCAGUGCACAGGACCUUAUAGAUUUCUCACCUGUGUAUCGCUGCCUGCAUAUCUACACAGUCUUAGGAUCACGUGAUACCUUUGAGACAUACUAUCGUAAACAGCGGAAGAAGCAAGCACGACUUGUUCUUCAGCCUCCAACUAACAUGCAUGAAACUCUUGCCGGCUAUCGCGCAUACAUCCAUGGAAUUGUUGGAUUCUUUGUUGUAGAGGAUCAUGUUUUGAACACAGGGAAUGGUCUUGUGAAUCGAACGUAUCUGGAUGAGGUUUGGAAUAUGGCUCGAUCAAAGAUAAUCAAUACUCUGAAAACUCAUUCAGCCUACUGCACUGAUGCUGCUCUGAUGCUGAAAAUAAAGAACCUGAUUAUGCUUUUCAGCACCACUCUGAGGAAUUAUGGAUAUUCUGUGAAUCAGUUGUUUGAUCUAUUACAUGAAAUUAGAGAUCACUACAAUGAAGUUUUAAUGCAGCGUUGGGUUCAAGUUUUCAGAGAAAUUCUCGAUGAAGAAAGUUUCCUGCCUAUUAAGGUGACAUCUCAGGAAGAAUAUGACAGUGUCACAGAUUCAUUUCCAUUUUAUGAUCAAAACCUUCAACAAGCAGAUUUUCCUAAAAGGUUUCCGUUCUCAUCCAUGGUACCCAAGGUAUAUCAGCAAGUGAAAGAAUUUAUCUAUGCAUGUCUGAAGUUUUCAGAAGAUCUCAAUUUGAGUCAGGCAGAAGUGAAUGAUAUGAUCCGGAAAUCAACAAAUCUCCUGCUCACACGGUCAUUCAGUGGCUGCUUAUCUUCACUCUUCCGGAAACCAAGUCUUGCCCUUCUCCAGGUGAUUCAGAUAAUUAUUGAUACAGGCUAUCUUGAAGAGGCAACUGUUUAUUUGGAGGAAUUUGUCUCUAAUAUUACAGGAUGUGGAAAAGAAGCACAUCUUAGUACUCGCGCUUCUCAAGGCACACAAGGGCAGGCAACUAUGUUCCGUGUUGCACGUGAUGAUGCCGAACGACAGAUAUGUGAAAAACUGAAGCAGAAGCUGGAUGAAUUUCUGGAGCUGGAGAAUUAUGAUUGGAUGUUAGUGGAGCCCCGUGGUCAUGCUUCUAGUUUCAUCACUGAUCUGAUUGCCUUUCUAAACAGUAUUUUCCAAUCCUUCACUAAUCUGCCUCCAGAAGUGGCACAAGUGGCUUGCAAAUCUGCCUGCGAGCACAUAGCAAAAUCCAUUAUGGCUUUUAUGCUGAGUGAUGAUGUGAAGCAGAUAUCAAUGGGUGCACUGCAACAAAUCAACUUGGAUACAAUACAGUGUGAACAAUUUGCGGCAUCAGAACCUGUUCCUGGUCUGGAAGAGGGUGCUCUACUGCAGUACUUUGGAGAUUUACGGCAACUUCUUGAUCUCUUUAUGUCGUGGGAUUGGCCUACAUACUUUCAUGACUAUGGUCAAGAGAACAGCAAAUAUCAACGCGUCAGUCCAAACACAGCAGUGCUUUUGCUUGAGAAGUUGCGCGAGGCAGACAAGAAGAAUGUGUUUUCUGUCCUGAAAAAAAGUGAACGGGACAAGAAGAAACUUUUGGAAACUGUCCUGCGUCAACUGAGGCAGUUGGCACAAACAACAGCCACAGCAACAGUGACUGGUGUAGCAGCCUCUCCCACAAUGGCAACAUCAGCAGCCACUGCUGCCUCUUCACCAGCUCCCCCAGUUCUAACAUGAGCUGAGGAAAAGAGCCAUAUGUGUCUGGUUAUGUUUGUAUUAUUCAAGCAGCAGAAGUGGCAUUGAAAGGAUUUUGUGUGUGUUCUGCAUAUUUGUGCUGAUACUUCAGGGUAUAUGUUGAUAUUUAAAGUAUAUAUAGACCACCAUCUCUGCUACUGCUGUAGCUGGGGUGGUGAUUUACAUAUACUUUAAACAUAUUGAGUGUGAGCAAGUUGCUUCUGUGGAUAAAGGAUCCAGAUGGAGUUUCAGUUCCUUUCGAGAACUAAGUGUGCCAGAUUUGUAAGGAAUGUGGUAACAUUUUCCUGAUAAAUAGACUUCCUGUGUAUUGUAAUUUGUAUUAUUUUUGUUGUUGCACUGACUCCCUUCUACUGAGUUUAUUGUGAUAACUUAUGUGCUUGUAGAAAAUAAACCCUUACCAGUUA